AGCAGCUCAGCGGCGCACGCGAGGAGAGACCACACGUCACGUCUCCUGAACCCUUCACUGCCAGCGGUUCUCCUCCGCAGGGUCUGCUGUUUCUUAGCACUUUUCAAAAUCGUUUUUAAGCUUACCAGCUGAAGCCAAAAUGGAGGAGGCCAACAAGCUCGUCGGGACCGGCAAGAAGCACCUGGUGACCGGAAAGGUGGUGGAGGCAGUGGGCGCCCUGCAGGAGGCCUGCAGGAUACUAGCUAAGAAGUACGGAGAUACGGCGGAUGAGUGCGGGGAGGCGUUCUACUGGUGUGGGAAAGCUCUGCUGGAUUUGGCACGGAUGGAGAACUCUGUCCUGGGGAACGCUCUGGAAGGCGUCCCUGAGGAGGAGGAGGAGGAGGAAGGUGAGGAAAAGCCCAAAGACUCCAACGUUGAGAGCGUCGAGAACGUUGAUGAAAAGUCCAGAGACGAACUGAGGGUUCAGGUGUACGACGCCAUGGCGGAGAAGAAAACCGACGACUCUGAGAAGCAGAGCGAGGCGACGGAGGAGAGCAAGCCUGAAGGCUCGGAGGCCACAGCGGAGCAGCAGCAGGAGGAGGACAGCAAGGAUGAGUCGCCUGCUGAGGAGCAGGAGGGAGAAUCUGAAGCAGCUGCUGAACAGGAAGAAUCUACAGAUAAGCCAGAAGAAGCUGGAGGCGACGAAGACGAGGACGACGAAGAGACGGAGGCCGAAGUGGAGGAGCUCGGCGAAGGGGAGCCCACUGCUGACAAGGACAGUGAAGAUGAGGAGGUGGGGAACCUGCAGCUGGCCUGGGAGAUGCUGGAAGUGGCUAAAGUGAUCUACAGAAGGAAGGAGGGGAAGGACGACCAGCUGAUGGCGGCGCAGACCCACCUGAAGCUGGGAGAGGUUUCUGCCGAGUCGGGAAAUUACAACCAGGCACUCGAGGACUUCCAGGAGUGUCUGAAGCUCCAGCUGAAGCACCUGGACCCGGAUAGCCGCCUGCUGGCAGAGACCCACUACCAGCUGGGGGUCACCCACAGCCUGAACCUCCAGUACGCCCCGGCAGUCCAGGCCCUGAAUGACUCCAUCUCGGUCAUCAAGAACAGGCUGGGGAACCUGCAGGAGAUGAUGGACAAAGCCGAGAGUCCAGAAGCUCUGGAAGAGGAGAGGAAAGAGAUGGAGGAGCUGAAGGCUCUGCUGCCAGAGAUUCAGGAGAAGGUGGAUGACGCUAAUGAAGGGAUGAAGAGCAGCGCUGAGGCGGAUCAGGACGGAGCCUCCAGUUCCUCUGCUUUGCCUGAAUCUACCAUCAGCCCUGCUGACUCUUCGUCCAGUCCAGCACUUCAAAGCACCAACAGCAGCAGCAGUGAACAUCCCUCCACAGUCCCAGUCUCUGAUAUCUCCCACCUGGUCAGAAAGAAGAGGAAACCAGAAAGUCCAGUAAAGGAAGCUGAAGUGAAGAGGCUGAAGCAGGACGACCAGGAGCCCCAGACCAACGGGAUCCAUAAAACCAACGGAGAUUCUGCCGGAAACAUGGAGGUGGCAAAGUGACAUUGUUUUAGGUCUCCUUCCACCCUCCUUGAUGCUCACUGUCCACCAACAUGAAGCACACUCAGCUCUGCAUCUCAGAACUCCGGUGUUCAGGUCUGGCUGCAUAAAGAGCUCGACCUCAGAACCUGGAGCCUCCUCACUUGUGUUUUACGUGGGUGAAGCCGGACCGGUUCAUUCUCCUGGACGGCGCUCACACCGUGUUGCUGCUGCUGCUGUAAAUAUGUUUUGUGAACCUUUUUGUAACCUGUAAAGUUAAUAAAGACUGUUGGAAGAACUUUCUUGCCAGUGAUCUGACUCAGUCAGGUGUGUUGAACCAGAGACCAGACAUGACACCUGCAUGCUAAACACAAACAGGUCGAAAGAACUUUAAUUCUUAAUUGUAGCAUGUUAUUGUGAAUUGUAGCUUUCUAUUGCUGCAACAAUAUUUUUUGUUUCAUUGACACAACCUGAGUAACUAAAAGGGGCCAAGAAAACCCGGAUUAAGAGUUCAGAUUUAUGGCCUGCGCUGAACCCAUCAGGGACAAAAAAAAGGACUUGCUAGAUAUUUGGGCUCAGGCUGCUGGGGAACGAUUGACAGGCCUACAAUACAUCCAGCACAGAAAAGCCAAAAGAGAACGUGCGAUAUAAAUCAAAAACUGCAGGGCCCUGCUUUUAUCACAUAUCCCACCAGAUACGCACUCGACUCACCCUGCAGUGGCAACAAAAUGGAGCUAGAAGACUUGAAACAAAAGCUAAACAGGGGAAGUUACAUCGCUUACACAAAUUAUGGUCAAUAAAUAAAAGCAAAAAAAGAAAAAGCCUUAAUUGGACUUGGGCUUCUAGCUCAUGCUAAUCUGUUGGGAUGGAUCAAUGAGUGCUGGAUUAACUGAUCUAAACUACAGUUAAGAUCACCUAAAAUAAAAUGAGACAGUCAACAUUAAAAUGACAGAUAAAACAUCACAGACUUGUUUUUGUACAUUUCAGUAUCCUUCCUAAAGUUUCCAACCUAGAGAAAACAUUAGCUCUAGUGUCUUGGGAGCACUUUUAUUUUGUAGAAAGGCAUUAAAGAAAGCGAAAACAUUUCAUUCUGCAAAGCUGAGCUAAAAACAACCCUGUUGUCUCACAAAAAAAAAGGCAGUGUUUCAUUUUUUUUUCUUUUACAACUGGCCUAAACAAAGUAAAGAGCUUUGGAGAUGAAACACCACAGUAGUCAAGAUUCA